CUAAAAUGGCAAAUAAAAAGGCUAGGAAAGCAAGGAAAACAAAGAAAAAUUUAAUUGAGGAGAACGAUAAAAAUGAUUCCCCAAAGUCUUCAGGGACGAGUAGUUUAAAGUCGCUGAACACUGAAGUUGGUAAUAAUGAGGGGAAAAAUAAGGAACAAAUGGAACCGCCAAAGACGUUUACUGAAUUGCUUAAUGAAAAUGAUGAUGAUAAGGAGGCUGAACACCUCCCAGACAACAGGAACAAAUUGGACUUGGAGGGAAGGACUGGAUGGAUUUCCCCUGAAAGUUCUUCAAGACAGGCUAAUGAUAAUAUUGAUAAAGAUGCUGAACCAACCCCGGAAGAUGUCCGGAAGGUGAUAUCCCCUGAAGGUGAUGUUGAUUUGGCUUUUGAGGCACACAAAGCACAAAUACUCGAGGAAUUGUUUAGAGAUGAUAAUAAUCAUAAAGAGGCUGAACACAUACCGGAACCAGCCCAAGAAAAUAGCAAAGGAGUGGAGGUGGUUGACUUGACCUCAGUUCCGAGCCCUUCAAAUCAAUCGCCAAAUCAUCUGCCGGACAAUACCACCAACGGUGCUUUUUACUUUUAUCAAAAAUUUUCAGUUCGGAUGGGAAAAGAAAGAUAA